AUGAUCGACCACACCAUCUUCGAAGACCUCCAAGCCAAAAUCGACGAGGAGGCCGCCGUGCGCGACGAGCUGCACGACAUUGUCCAGACGCUCGCGCGGAAGGGGAGAUCCACACAGGCGAUUCUCUCGAGAGCGCACUCGACACCUGCGGACCAGUUGAAACCCGUCCUCGAGGAUGCGACCACGGAGAUCAUCGCGCAGCGGGACGAAGUCCUCCGCUUGAAGAGCGUGGCCGACAAGCACCCGUUCUACAAGUACAACGGCGUGUGGACGCGCGAGCUGCAGAAUCUCGUCAGACCGUCUCCUCACCCACACGUCGUCGCCUCCGUCGAGCUGUGCGCGUGGCUCGGCGGGUUCGAAGAGUACAAGAGCUCCGGCUCUGCGUUCCUCACGAUCGAGGAGGUCGGAAAGUUCCUCGACGUCCCGGUCAACCUCAAGGAGCAGGAUGCGUUCCACCUGACGAUUGAGGAGUAUCUGCUGGCGCUGAUUUCCAUGGUGGAAGAAUUGGUUUGUCGCCCCGUUUGA